AACCCGAGUGUGAGCGACUGUAGGAGCGGGGUGGCGGCAGCCCGGCCGGCCAUGGUGGGCCUCAAGGACGAGCUGCUGAAGGCCAUCUGGCACGCCUUCACCGCGCUCGACCUCGACCGUAGCGGAAAGGUCUCCAAGUCGCAGCUCAAGGUCCUUUCUCAUAACCUGUGCACAGUGUUAAAUGUUCCCCAUGACCCUGUGGCCUUGGAAGAACACUUUAGGGAUGAUGACGAAGGACCAGUUUCCAAUCAGGGUUACAUGCCUUAUUUAAACAAAUUCAUCUUGGAAAAGGUUCAAGGGAACUUUGAUAAAGUUGAAUUCAACAGAAUGUGUUGGACUCUGUGUGCUAAAAAGAACCUCUCGAAAAGUCCUUUGCUGAUCAGUGAUGAAGAUGCAUUUAAAGUCUGGGUUAUUUUUAACUUCUUAUCAGAGGACAAGUACCCUUUAAUCAUUGUACCUGAGGAGAUUGAAUACUUGCUUAAAAAGCUGACAGAAGCAAUGGGAGCAGGUUGGCAGCAGGAGCAGUUUGACCUCUACAAGAUUGCCCUCAACACCAGCCGGGAGGGCCUGUCUGCGUGGGAGCUGAUCGAUCUCAUCGGGAGCGGGCAGUUCAGUAAGGGCAUGGACCGACAGACCGUGUCCAUGGCAGUUAACGAAGUCUUUAACGAGCUCAUCUUAGAUGUACUCAAACAGGGUUAUAUGCUGAAAAAAGGUCACAAAAGGAAAAACUGGACAGAACGAUGGUUUGUACUAAAACCCAAUAUUAUUUCCUACUAUGUAAGUGAAGACCUAAAGGACAAGAAGGGAGACAUCAUACUGGACGGCAACUGUUGUGUAGAGGCCUUGCCUGACAAAGAUGGAAAGAAAUGCCUUUUUCUUAUAAAGUGCCUUGAUAAAAGCUUUGAGAUCAGUGCCUCUGAUAAAAAGAAGAAGCAAGAGUGGAUUCAAGCCAUACAGACCACCGUGAGCCUGCUGCGGGCGGGGAGCCCUCCGCCCCACAAAGAAGCACGCCAGAAACGGAAAGAACUGCGCCAGAAGCUCUUGGCUGAGCAGGAGGAAUUGGAGAGGCAGAUGAAGGAGCUGCAGGCGGCCAAUGAGAACAAGCAGAAGGAGCUGGAGACUGUGAGAAAGCAACUGGAAGCAGCAGCUGCCCGUGCUGCUGAGGAGGAGAAGAAGAGGCUUCAGACCCAAGUUGAGUUACAGGAUCGCUUCAGUCUGGAGCUGGAGAGAGAAAAAAUGGUGAGGCAAAAAAUGGAAGAGCAAGUCGCUCAGAAAUCAUCUGAACUGGAACAGUAUUUACAGAGGGUACGUGAACUGGAAGAGAUGUAUAAGCAGCUCCAGGAAGCUUUGGAGGUUGAGAAACAGGCACGUCAGGAUGAAGAGACUGUAAGGAAACUUCAAGCCAGAUUACUGGAAGAGGAGUCAGCAAAGAGAGCUGAACUGGAAAAAUGGCACUUGCAGCAGCAGCAGACCAUUCAGAUGACAGAAGCAGAGAAGCAGGAGCUAGAAAACCAGAGAAUGAUAAAGGAGCAGGCUCUUCAGGUUGCUAUGCAGCAACUGGAACAGCUUGAACUGGAAAGGAAAGAGGCCCUUGAGCAGUAUGAGGAGGUUAAAAAGAAGUUGGAAACGGCAGCUAAUAACACCAGGAGCUGGAAAGACAAAGUAGCUCAUCAUGAGGGAUUAAUUCGACUAAUAGAGCCAGGUAAACAAGGCUCCAAGAAUCCACACCUCAUCACAAACUGGGGCCCGGCAGCCUUCACUGAAGCUGAACUGGAGCAAAGAGAAAAGAGCUGGAAAGGGAAAAAAGCCUCUUCUGAGUAAUGAAAAUAGCUGACAUACUACUUGUGAACAGAAGUCCACCUUUGUUCACUCUGCUUUGCUCAGAACAGCUUAUUGCUCUUUUGAAGAUGCUAGUUUACUCAGCAGGAGGGCCUUUCUACAAAGGAAAUACUGUUUACCACGCAGAAGUGUCUACUAAGAGCUCAGUAACGACACCACUAUGUGCUGUCUGGCAGUACUUGCUGUUUUCCUUCACCUUAACAGAUAUUCUGUUUCUUUAUGCAAGACUUUUCUACUGAAGAUUUUUUAUUUAAGUGUAGGCUGUGACAGGAUGGUUUCUAUAUUAGCCUGUAACAAACAGGCAGCAUCUAAUCAGGCACCAUCACCCAUUUCAAACAGCAAGGGAAGCAAUUGCUGUACUGGUUCAGUUAGUAUAACGUAAACAUGGGAUAAGUCAAUCCUGUGGACUCUGUCCAGAGCAUUACCUUCCCUUCCUUUUAGUCUCUUUUUGCUUUUUCCUCUGCCUGUUGCUCUUCUCGUGGCUGGCUUCAUCCCUGGGUGCCCGCUCUCUCUGGUUCCUGGCUCCUCUGAUCUGUGUGUCCUCUGCAGGAAUGCACAUAAAAGCACUGGAAACAGGCACGUACAGAAUGCUGCUGUAGAACAUUUAGGAAGAGCAGUCAUGCAGGAUCGAUCUUGUCUGAGACUGGGUUAAAAAAGAAUUUAACUUGGAAAACCACGUUCAUGGUUUAAAAGAUGCUCAGUUUUGGCUUACAGAUUUUUCUGGAGCGCACGAAUGGAACAUGAUGACACACAGAUGAAAUAUCUGCAUCGAACCUACGUUUAUAUGCAAAACAUUUGUUGAUGCAAUGAACAAUGCUAUAGUUGUAGCGCUCCGUUUUGUCUUAUUCUCUAUUAGAGGCCAGAUUAGAAAAAUGGAAGAUGAAAACUGAAUUUGACAUUUGAUAUAAGAAUGAUGAGUCAGUAGCAGUACUGCAACAGAAAAAAAUAAUUCCUGCCCCUCCAUUUCAGCAGUACUGGUAAUGAAGAUUUUCCAUUGAGUCUUAAACUUCUCUGCAGAGAACAAGAGAGGGAUUUCUGUUUCUGCGGGGAAGGAACAAGUGUGUGAUGUUGCCCAGUCGGUCACCCACACCAGACUGAGGUCUAACUGAAGUCACAGUUCUUGCUAAGUUCUACAGGCAUUCUGAGAAGUCAGCCCUGCCCUGUGGAGAGCAGGUGCCCACUGGUGGGGUUUGUUAAGCAGCUUCGCCUUUUUGCACAUAGACCAAACACAGUGGUUUUCAUUCAGCUCAAUGUUAAAUUACCUUUAGUAAAUAAGAAGUGAACAUUUCAGAUGGAUAACCAGUGCCUUUGGACACAGCACUAUGCUGCUCAGCUCUCAGAAGAGCAGAAGCUGUACAGACAGAUCUUCACAUUCAGAACUCAAUAGCAUUUUCAUUGCCUGUUAACAAGGACUCACUCAAACACUGAAAUCUUUGCAGGCAUUUACUCUGAUUAUAUUUUUGUACUAAUUGAAAUCUUUUUAAUGUCUUGGUAAAUGGAAUGCUGAUGAAAAUGGAAGGAAAAUCCAGGAUUGUCCUACUUGUAUUUACUGUACAGAAACGCAAUAGUUUCUUAAGCUUGCUAACAAGGCAGUUUUAUAUUGAUCUUGUUUACAGAAAAAAUGUGAAAAAAAAAAACUGUAAUGGAAAUACUAAUGUAUACAUUGUUAAACUUUGCUAGAUGAAAAGGAACAGUAUUUAUAACUGCCCAGCACUUCUCAUGGAGAGCAGAAGGUAUAUGUAGCUUUCUGGGGCCAAACUUGUUAAUUUUUCUAACAGUCUUUAUUUUGGACAAAUGUUGUGUUUGUUUUUUUUUUUUAAGAACACCAAAUGAUGCCUGUUUUUUACUGUUCUUUAGAAUUGGCUAUUUAAUAAAGUAAUAAACAUCAGUUACAUUGCAGAAUGCAAA